GAAUGAUACAGAACUGGGAGGGGGCAGAGAGAGAUUUUUAUUGGAAGCUGUUAAAGUGGUUGCUAUGAGACCUUCUCCAGCUAACAGAGGCACAGCAGCGAAUAUGGAGCUAGAAAAUGAAAUGAUCAGCUCCUCCAGCAAUUCUUCAGCAGGCUCCAGAGAGUACAAGGUGGUGAUGCUAGGAGCAGGGGGAGUUGGCAAAAGCGCGAUGACAAUGCAGUUCAUAAGCCAUCGGUUCCCUGACUAUCAUGACCCAACUAUAGAGGAUGCCUAUAAAACUCAAGUCCGAAUUGAUGACGAACCAGCCUAUUUGGACAUUCUAGACACUGCUGGACAGGCAGAAUUCACAGCUAUGAGGGACCAGUACAUGCGAGGUGGAGAAGGUUUCAUUAUCUGUUAUUCCAUCACAGACCGCCAAUCCUUUCAAGAAGCUGCUGAGUUUAAGGAACUCAUUUAUCGUGUCCGACACACCUAUGACAUCCCCUUGGUGCUGGUGGGAAACAAGAUAGAUCUGGAAGAGUUUAGACAGGAUAUUCAUCAGCACCACAGGCCACUCUUUGGGUAUUCCUGUCAUAUACAGUUAAUCACUGGAAUUUUGAAUUGGAUUUACAGCUUUACUGAGGUAGUGGGGAAGACAAUGUCUUUACAUUUAAUGAUGUUUUUCAUUACCAAAACCAUGGGAUAAUUCUUUCAUUCUUUUCCUAGCUGUGAUUCAUACACUCUCUUCUGUUAUUAUUAAGAAAUUAAAACUUGUUUUUGUUUCUGAGACUCAUUCAUUUCUACAGCUUGGAUUUCUUGAAUUUUUAAAGUUGAAGAAUACAUAAGAUAGAUACUGUUUUUUUCCCCUCUCCGAACUCUGAGUGAUAUUAUCCCAGAUAUGCUUAGUCCUAGCCCAGACCAAACCUUCCUAUUGUUGUGUCAAACCUUCCUGGAAAUUACCUCAAACCACACACAAGCUACUGUCACAAAGUCCUGGUCUAUUUUCUACUGAAGUCAAACACAAGGUUUAUGCUGGCUGCAGGUGAUCAGGUUGGGAGGUAUGGACAGAACUAUCUGGGCAUUUUCACGUAAUGAGUUCUGAUCUGAUGUAGGAAUGUGGGCUUCAGAUGGCAUUCCUGAGCUUUUGCUCUCUUUUUUACAUAUCAUAAGAAGAAAAUGUUGUGGUUUCUCUCUAUUUAAUUAAAAAUAGAGAUUUAUUUUUUUACUAGGAUAUUUAUUAUAUUUUGGGAAGGAAUUGCAGGUGGUUAUGUAUUUAGUGGAGUCAGAGGAGAAAGUGGAAGAUCAGGAGGUUGGAAGAGUGAAUAAAGAAGGUGACCCAUGCAUUCCUUGGAGUGAAAUAUGCAUUGAACAUUCAUCAGACUCAGUGUCAUCUGACUUGAUUUGGGUUACAGACUUGUGUAGUUAAUAUUCCAUUGCACCCCACUGAAGAAAUGUUGCUUAUGGAAAAGUUGUAUUCUCUUUUAAUCCCAUUUUCUUUCCCAUCUGAAAUGAAUGAGAUGAUUUUGCUCAUGAUUUCCUUUGACUGCAAGAUGAUUGGUGAUGUCAGUUAACCUCUUUAGAAUUAUAAUACUCUAAAAACUGGGUGGGGCUUAGAAUUUGCGAAUGGUUUGAUUUGAUUUUGAGAGUCUGCAAUUGUAAAAGUCUCUGAGGUUUAUCAGAAAAAAAAAAAAAAAAAAAAAAAAAAAAAAAGAAAAAGAGGAAUAGGAGAGUUAUGGAGAUCAUAGAUGGGUCUGCAACACUGUGUGAUCAGUGAGACUGAAGCCUGAAAUUCUUUUGGGAAACAUUGGGCAGGACCUCAGAUGUGGUGGUAGUUGCAAAAAUAAGAUCAUCCUUCAUCUCCUGAGUAGUUACUGUGUAGACUUUAAAAAUAUUUAAUGUUACCAUACUCCUGAAUUUUGAGACAAAGAGUAUUUCACUGUUAUAUCUGAUGGUUUUGUUCUUGCUAGGGUUUUGUGCCUCAUUUGAUAAACUUUUGAGUCCGUGAAGAGGAAGAAGCGAAAUGGGACGGAGGGAAGCAUUCAUAGAUCUCAGUUCAUUAAUUACUGUUUUUCCUUGUUGAGAGCAUAUGCAUCAGUUCUUUGGGUUUUAUUGGGAGGGAACCAGUACCAGACAAGUGUGUGUAAGGAUAAUUCCUAGAUUA